AUGGCUAAGUACAGGCUUGUUCUUUUAAGACACGGGGAAGGAGCCUGGAACAAGGAGAAUCGCUUCUGCAGCUGGGUGGACCAGAAGCUGAGCAGCGACGGGAUAAAGGAAGCUCAGAACUGUGGCAAACACCUCAAAGCUCUGGGCUUUGAGUUUGACCUCGUCUUCACCUCUGUGCUCAGGCGCUCCAUCCAGACCGCCUGGCUCAUCCUGGAAGAGAUGGGCCAAGAGUGGGUCCCCAUUCAGAGCUCCUGGCGGCUGAACGAGCGUCACUACGGCGCGCUGAUCGGCCUCAACAGAGCAGAAAUGGCUCUCAACCACGGGGAGGAGCAAGUGAGGAUCUGGAGGAGAAGCUAUGACGUUACUCCACCUCCCAUAACUGAAUCUCACCCCUACUACGAAGAGAUCUACAACGAUCGCCGGUACAAAUGCAGCGACGUCUCUCAGGAUAAUCUCCCGAAGGCUGAAAGUCUGAAAGAUGUGCUUGACAGACUCCUUCCCUACUGGAAUGAAAAGAUAGUGCCUGAACUGAAAAGCGGCAAAAUGAUCCUUAUCUCCGCUCAUGGUAACAGCAGCAGGGCACUGCUGAAGCACAUAGAAGGGGGAUCUGCAGCCAUAGUGGCUCUCUCACUCCCCUCGGAGUGA